AUGGACGGCAUGGGCGUUGGGGAUGUUUGCGAGAAUGGAUCUCCAGGCUUGGCAUCGUCAAGCACAACACCCUCUGAACCAAAGGAAGAUGGCCAUGUAAUACUGAUUCCCCAUUCCCACAUCUUCGCCCUCAUGCUGCAAGCUCUGAAGUUGCCGCCUGCGAAUUACCAUCAUAAGACAUAUCCGGGCAACAACUCUCGUGUUACGGUUACUUUUAAUUCAUCAUUACAGUUGAUCGAUGGUUUGCGUGUUCAAACCUCGAUAUCUGGUGUGAUCUCAAACAACUAUGAUGAAGCAGAAGACAGUGCUGCUAUCGCAGCAAUUAGGUUUAUGGAGAAUGCAUGUGGCAAGGAAAUCAGGGACUAUCACUUCACCCACGUACAAAGGCUGGAAAAUCAAGUCACACUCCUAGAGCGGUACCUGGAUGAAGCAAAAAAGAGAAUCAAGAAGGUACGCAAAGGAUGGUUCUAUGCUGUCAGAUACAUGAGCUCGUAUUCUACUCAGAUACAAAAUACGACAGCUGCUCGUCGCCUAAGAGGGCAGGACAGCACCAAAGGGGCGAUGAAAACAGCACUCGCAAGCACAAGAAAGUUGGCAAAAAGACUACGUUGUAUUGGCCUGAAAUCGGAGCAGUGCCUAGAGACUACAGAUAGUAUCUGGUGA